GCUCAGAACAGCAUUGAGGAAUAAACAUCACCCUGUGAGAAACAGAAAUCUGUGGUAAUCUGUGAAAAACACAAAUCAUGAUUCUGGAGGUUUUCUUUCUCCCCUUGAUUAUGCUAAAAAAAUAAAUGUAUAAAGUAAAAAAUAAAAAUGUCGACAAAGAACGUUGAAGACAACAUGGAUUCCUGCACGUCUUUCAGUGGACUGAAUGAUUUUGAUCAGGAGCGAUCAGAUCAGAUUCACCUGCACCCAGUGUUUUGCCUAUGAGGAGUGACCGAUCAAUGCAAAUGCCAAUUCACUAUAGUAAUAAAACACAUCUUCCACAUCUAAGUCUUCAGCAGGUGAGAUCAGACCUGUCUGCCCCAAGUGUUUUGUCUAUGAAGAGUGACAAAUCAAUGCAAAUGCCAAUUCAUUUGAAAAACGGAUCCGCUCCAAUGGAAAAAAGUCUUCAGCAGGAGAGAUUGGACUCAUCUGCCCCAAGUUUUUUGUCUAUGAAGAGUGACAAAUCAAUGCAAAUGCCAAUUCAUUUGAAAAAUGGAUCAGUACCAAUGGAAAAAAGUUUUCAGCAGGAGAGCUCAGACUCAGCUGUCCCAAGUGUUUUGUCUAUGAAAAGCGAUCGAUCAAUACAAAUACCAAUUCAUCUGAAUGAAUCACCUCCACGGACACUAAGGCAUUCAUGUCAGGAUGCUGUGAAGACUGGCCGUUUUUCUGGAGAAUUCAUUCAUCAACCUGAUUCAGAAAGGACUGAAGUCAAGAUUCAAAGAUUAAAAUCAGAAAUAAAAAAGAAGCAUCAGUACAUUUUUGAAGGAUUUGCAAAGCAGGGAAACCCCACACUCCUGAAUGAGAUAUAUACAGAACUCUACAUCACAGAGGGAGGGAAUGGAGAGAUAAGCAACGAACAUGAAGUUAAAAGAAUAGAAAAAACAUUGAAGACUGCAGCAGGAACAGCAAUACCAAUCAAAUGCAGUGACAUCUUUAGACCUUUACCUGGACAAGACAAACCCAUCAGAACUGUGCUGACAAAGGGAGUCGCUGGCAUUGGAAAAACAGUCUCUGUGCAGAAGUUCAUCCUGGACUGGGCUGAAGGGAAAGAGAAUCAGGACGUCCAGCUCAUAUUUCCACUUCCUUUCAGAGAGCUCAAUCUGAUGAAGAACAAAACACUCAGUCUUUCAGAUCUUCUUCAUGUCUUUUUCCCUGAAAUAAAAGAAAUGGAAAUAUCCAGUGACAAAUAUAAAGUGUUGUUCAUCUUUGAUGGUCUGGACGAGUGUCGUCUGUCUCUGGAUUUUCAGAGCGAUGUGAGGUUGUGUGAUGUAAGUGAAUCAAACUUAGUGGAUGUGCUGUUGACGAAUCUCAUUGUGGGGAAUCUGCUUCCCUCUGCUCUCAUCUGGAUCACCUCCAGACCGGCAGCAGCUGAUCUCGUCCCCUCUGAGUGUGUCCAUCGAGUGACAGAGGUACGAGGCUUCAAUGAUCCACAGAAGGAGGAAUACUUCAGGAAGAGAAUCAGUGAUCAGAGACUGGCCAAAAGAAUCAUCUCACACCUGAAGUCAUCAAGGAGCCUCUACAUCAUGUGCCACAUCCCAGUGUUCUGCUGGAUCUCAGCCACUGUUCUAGGGAAGAUGUUGAGUCAAGCAGAGAGUGGAGAGGUUCCCAAGACUCUCACUGAAAUGUACACACACUUCCUGAUGGCACAGAUUAACAUCAAAGAAACAAAGUACAAUGAAAACAAGAGCAAAGACAAAGAGAUUAUUUUCAAGUUAGGGAAACUGGCAUACAAACAGCUGGAAAAAGGGAACCUGAUCUUCUAUGAGGAAGACCUGAGAGAGUGUGGCAUUGAUGUGACAGAAGCAUCAGUGUACUCAGGAUUGUGGACUCAGAUUUUCAGAGAGGAGUUUGGCUGGUAUCAGGGGAAAGUCUUCUGCUUUGUUCAUCUGAGCAUUCAGGAACAUCUAGCAGCUCUAUAUGUGCACCUCUGCUUUGCAAACAGCGGAAUAAACAUGCUUGAAUCACAAGAAUCACAAGAAUCUAAAACGCCAUUAACAAUGCUGAGUUUACACAAGUGUGCAGUUGAAAAAAAUUUAAAAAGUAUGAAAGGAUAUCUUGACCUUUUCCUUCGAUUCCUCAUGGGACUUUCACUGGAGUCAAACCACAGCCUCCUAAAAGAACAGCUUUUGGUGAAGAAGACAGACAUCUCCCUGGAAAGGGAGAAAACUAUUGAUUAUCUCAAGGAAAAGAUAAAAACAAUCCCUUGCUCAGAAAUUGCUCUUGUUUUGUUCCACUGUCUAAAUGAACUCAAUGAUCAUUCCCUCACUACUGAAAUCCAAAACCACCUGACCUCUGGGAAAACAAACAGUGACACGUUGUACCCUCAUCAGUGGUCGGCUCUAGUGUACAUCCUAAUGACAUCAAAUGAGAAGUUUGAAGAGUUUGAACUUUGUAAAUAUGGAAGAUCAGACACAGCCUUGUUCUGGAUGCUUCCUGUGAUCAAGCUGUCAAAAAAGAUCUGGUUGCAUGACUGUAAUAUCACAAAAAGAGGCUGUUUAUCACUGUCUAUGCUACUUCCAUCAUUUUCCAAUGUGAGAGAGCUGGACCUGAGCAACAACAGCCUGCAGGACACAGGAGUAGAAAUACUCAGUGCAGGAGCAAACAACACAUGCUACGGCAAACAACUAAUGAAGGAAUGCUGUAGCACUCAGCCAAAUGAACAAGAAAGUCAGCUUCCAUAUGAAGCUUUUUCACGUCUUUGUGCUGGACUACAGGAUAUGGAGUGUAGAUUGGAAUCUUUGAAUCUGAAGAACUGUGGAGUAACAGAAGCAGGUUGUGUUUACCUGAGCAAAGCUCUGAGUUCAAACCCUUCUCAUCUGAGAGCGCUGGACCUGAGCGAGAACAACAUAGGAGACUCUGGAGUGAAACAUCUUUGUGCUUCUCUGGAGAAAGUUCAGUGUGCAUUAGAAACACUAAGGUUAAAUAAAUGUAAAACAACACAUAAAAGUUGUAUGGCAUUAGCUGAAAUACUACAAACACCUUCAAACCUGAAAGAGCUCUCUCUAAGCAAGAAUGAGCUCCAGGAUUCAGGCGUGAUGCAGUUAUCUAAUGGACUCCAUCAUCCUCACUGUAAACUGGAGACACUGAGUCUGGAGAACUGUAGAGUCACAGAAGCAGGCUGUGUUUACCUGAGCAAAGCUCUGAGAUUAAACCCUUCUCAUCUGAGAGUGCUGGACCUGAGCAAGAACAACAUAGGAGACUCUGGAAUAAAACAUCUCUGCACUUCUCUGGUCAAAGUUCAGUGUGCACUGGAAACACUAAGGUUGAACAAAUGUGAAAUCACUGAGAAAAGUUGCACCGCUUUGGCUUCAGCUCUCCGUUCAAAGACCUGUAAUCUGACCGCUUUAGAUCUGAGCAUUAAUGAUCUACAAGACUCAGGGGUGAAGAAGCUCUGUGUCGGACUCCAAAGUCCUCAUUGUAAACUAGAGAAGCUGAGGUUGUCCAAGUGUAAAGUUACACAUGAAGGUGUGACGGCACUGACCAAAUCUCUGAAAUCAAAUCCAUCCCACCUGAAAGAAGUUGAUCUGCUUGAGAAUGAUCUGGAAGAGUCAGACCUGAAUGUGCUCUCCAUGACACUGGACAAACCAUCAAAAAACAGUGUUCAUUAACAUUAUUCUAGAAACAAACACUCAAGAUUUAAACAUUAUGAGUAGUUAUCACACUGAAUAAUGUGAAAUCAUGAUAACAUAUCAUGAUUUACCCUAACCUACGGUAAAGACAAAUCACAAUUUGUAUGGGCUGAGAGUUUGGAUAGUAGCUUUUAUAAAGGGUUACACAUACGAAGUAUAUUAUACUUUUAUAGUCAUGAAUAUGGUUAUAACUUUAACUAAUAUGACCUUGUAAAAUGUUGUCACUUUAUAAAGAGUUAUACAUAUGUAAUAUAUGUAAAUUAACAUAA